AUGCGAAAUAUAGAAGGUGCGAGUCUUCCUCGGCGAUUCCAUCAGCCCACGUUCACCAUUUAUAAUGGUCGAACAGAUCCAGUGGAACAUGUUAGUUAUUUCAAUCAAAGGAUGGCUGUUCAUUCUAAAGAUGAGGCUUUGAUGUGUAAGGUCUUUCCAUCUAACUUGGGCCUAGUGGCAAUGAGAUGGUUCAAUGGUUUAAGGGCGAAUUCUAUUGAUUCCUUUAAGAAACUCACUCGGGCCUUUGGUGCUCGCUUUAUCACUUGUAGUAGGGUUCCUCGGUCUUUGGGAUCCUUGUUAUCUAUGUCCAUGCGGGAGGGGGAAACUCUGAAGGCCUACUCAAAUAGCUACUGGGAGAUGUUUAAUGAAAUAGACGGAAACUAUGACGAUGUGGCCAUUAGUAUUUUCAAGGCUGGCCUCCUAGCCAAGCAUGACCUGAGGAAGUCUUUAACUGGUAAACUUGUUAGCAGUGUGCACCAACUUAUGGAUCGGAUUGAUAAGUACAUAAGGGUAGAGGAAACCAAAUACAGGGGAAAGGAAAGGCUAAGGUGA